UUUCUUUUUAUGACUUCGCCAGCAUUAGCAUACAUAGCAUAUUAUCUAAUGAUGGUCGCACCACUCUUCAUCAGCGAACUAAGUCUUUGUGUUGUGAAAGAUUUGUGAAUUAACUUUUCCAAGAGGCGCCGCUGGGUGCUUAUUUUAUUUGCUUUUUUGCGUGAUUCAGAUUCACCUGUGCUUUAACUUGACAAAAUUCUCACGAGUUGUACUGGCUAGAGCUAGGAGUCCUUGGACGGAGGACUAGGACAGCAAGACGAAGAACGGAACAAGUUGUAUUGUUCCUAUUCCUUUGUAAAAUUGCAGUAGACGAGCCGAUCUCGGCUGCUCUUACUAUACCUAUUGUCGUGCCCGUGCACCAGUAGAAACAUAAGACGAAUUACCUAUAAAGUUUUGCGAUAGUACCACUACCAUCAAUUGAUGCUGGGUCACCAACUAGUUUCUUCUUUCUAAUAGCAAUAAAUUAAGGCUUCGAGUUCGAUCACGACAAGUUGUAUUAGUAGGAGAAUGUCUAUCAGCAGAGCAAAGCGAACAAAUAUUUUUAAGUAUCAAAACGAAGCAGUAGUUGCGCAGUGAAUUCAUCUCCUCCGUAGUUUCUGAUUCUGUGCGCAGCAGCAUGUUGACAGAGUUCCGAGGAGCAUAUCACCUCCCGCACAGCAAGAUGAUGACGUCCUCACGAGAGAGUUUUUGAAGACCCAGCCGUCUACGACUGUGAGGGGCUACUUGUAAAUGUAUUUACAAGUGGGACACAAGAAGCGGGAGGAAGCUGCGUCAGCACGAUAAGCUCCUCGCGUUGGAGGUCAACUUGGACGGCGACGGUCAUCCGUCUUUUCGCGGGCCCAGCCAAGUAAGUAGAACGCAAUCACCCGCAACAGGUGGAGCCAGCAACUUCGCCGCACAAGAACUCCUCCUGGCUGGUAUUUGGGUGGUGGACAUAAAAAAAAACAGAGCUACAAGGUGCAAAGCCAGAAGAUGUUGAACUGAGACAGAAUUCGAAUUGCGCCGCGUCGUGCACGUACUGCUCAUCACUCAUCUCGACGAGGAAGAGCGGGAGCAACUACAGCGGAAAAAAAAAUACUUUUGAAUUGUAGUCGCAACUUCUACAGCCGUCGUGCUGUCAGGCUUCUAGGUUCGUGAGUUCUUGCGCUGGGAGACCCAAGUUGGAGGUUGGACCCUCCACCUUCAGCGUCAGUGAAGAACGCCACACGAGGUGGACCUCCUCCGGGAAAAUAAAAGAGCUCAUCUUGCACUACACGGCGCCCUCUUUCAGUGCGGCUUGCUUCUGGCCUGUGCUCCUGUGCAAAUAAAUCUACCGCCAGAGGAGCCGUCGCGGUUGUCAUCAUCUACUUCGCUCAGCACAGCCAAAUCGGCGGCAUUCGUCCAAGGCCUAGAAAAUAUUCGCUGCGCUGUUCUCUCGUCGAGGAUCCAAUCUGCUGCUUGUACCUGCUGUUGCAGAACACCAGCGUGAACAACAUCAAGAAGCCUGAACGGAAGAAGAAGGGAGAGCAACAAACUACAUACCGGCAUUUGGUUAUAUAAUUUUUCGCGCGGACAUCAUAAUGCAAAGCAUCCACAAGAACAGGCUCGUGCAGCAGCGGCCUUGCGCGUCUUCGUGACUAGUAGUACAUACCAGCUCUCGACGUCCUGAUCUCGUUACCUCCUUCUUACCCCGUUCAUCGAGAAGAAGACAGUAGGUCAGGACCAGUAAAUUAGUGGCAGCUGCGUUCUUCUUCCGGAGUCCGCAGCACAGUCCUCGGCACGCACCUUCUUCACGACCUUGGUUGGUCUUGGCAUCUCCGAGAAGCCCGGCCUAGCCUUGUGUCGAACGCGAACCACGAGCAGUACUAGGCACUACAAAAAAACGGUGAGCUUGCCAAGAGCCAUGCCGGCGACGACCCUAUCAUACUUUUCCAAAAAUAUUACCAGAGCUACAUCACACAGAACAAGAACCUGCUCUAGCUCUACCUCCACCGCAUCGCAGCUCUCGUGCGCAAUAGAGCAAACCACGCCUAAUUGCGAAAAAGUAGAUCCAGCUGUUUUUAGGGGCCGAAACGUCAAUACAGUAGUCACAGCACAACUACCUGUGAAGACGGAAGCAGUAGCAGUGAUUUUGAACAAGGCAGCAGCACGAGGACAUCACCUUCAGAGGAGCUACAACCGGCAAGGACAAAACCGGCUAAGGAGGAGGAACCAACUCGCUGUGACUGGAAAAACAACAACCAGCAGGCCGAGAACUACAGGAAGUAGAGCUGCUGGAACACUGGGAACAAGAAAAGCUGCAAGAAGCAGAAUUUUCCUCUCGUCCACCUCGGUAGGAACUCAAAAGCAAAAGUUCGUUUCAGACAGUAUCAACAACUGGUUGAGCGAGCAGCUUGUUUGCUACAAGUGGUGGCUGUACAGCAGUUCCUCAUCUUGCGACGCUAGUUCUUGUCGUACUCUGAGUUCUUGUUUUUGUUCUCCACGCCCUGGCGACCGCGACCAGCAGCACACAGCAUCCACUACAUUGUUGUCCCCCGCAAGAACGACGAAGAGCCAUCACCUUGUCCUCGUCACCCCCUACUCUUCAUCAUCAGUUUGA